UUUUUUUCUCACUUACAGCGCUACGUGUAUGGACUGCGAUUUGUUUUAACUGUCUUAGGUGGCUGCAUCUCUGUGAUGGGCAGUAAAGCCAUUGGCUAUCCAUCGGCCGGCGCUCUGGGAUGUGUGACAGUCGCCUUUAUUGCGAAUAUUGGCUGGAAACAAGACCAACGGAAAAUGACGCCCGAGCAACUACAGGAAAACGAAAAUUGCAACGUUGUGAAGCGUCUUGAUUUACUUUGGAAAUUUUUAAAGCCCGUCUCCUUUGCACUGAUUGGCAAGGAAAUUAAGUUCAGCGUGUUGGAUGGCAGAGUUGUUGGUUACGGUUUACUCGUGGUGCUGCUCGGAAGUUUGUUCCGUUUGGCUUUUGCAUACAUUUCCACAUAUGGCGGAAAUCUGUCAUGGAAAGAACGUGCCUACAUCACAAUUUCCGGUUUCCCCAAAGCAACUGUCCAAGCUGCUUUGGGCCCAAUUGCAUUGGACUUAGCGAGAUCAUUAAAUUCCGACCAGGAAAAUCUUUCGCUUGCCAGCCAAGUGCUUAUCAUUUCAGUUAUAGCUAUAAUAUUCACAGCGCCACUGGGCGCAAUUCUGAUGUUGCGUUUAGCGCCAAUUUGGUUGAAACGAGGCGAAGACGAUAGCUUUGAUAGUGACGGAAUUAAUGGCAGUAAUAACGACCGUGGCGUUGGAGGUGAAUCUGCUCUUACUGCAGAUGACAUAUACACAUCGAAGUUUGGCAUUGGAAAUCGCAGGUUUACAAACAGCAGCAAUCAACUUGGUGAUGAUGCGGCGAUUGGUGCGAACACUAUUCCAAAAACGAUGGUAGCCGCAGCUGAUGAAAGCGCGAACGUUAAGGUGUCAGAAAAGACAGAUCAUCAUUCAGUUUGAUUUUAAUUAAGGGUUUCACAUGUUAGGUGUAAGUGUAACUGCAAUACUGACGAAAAACUUUUAAGGAUAAGUGGAGUUUAUAGACACUCGUUGGCCAGUGGUACAUAUUUUUUAAUUGUAAAUAGAGAAACUUUAAGUAUGUAAUUUGUAUAAAAAUUCUUCUUUAGUUAAAUUGUACUUACAUGGAAUUUUGAUAUACUUAUUUUCCAAAUUUUACUUAAUAAUAUUGUAUA